UAAUUAAUUAUGAGUAUUGCUGGUGUAUUCAGUAUAAAAGCUCCAAGAUCAUGCAAGAAGCAAGCUGAGAAUCCUUCCUUAUGCAGUUCUUAAGUUUAUUCUCAUUGAACUGGAAACUAACUUGACGUGCUGGAAUGCCCGGCUUUGAAGCCAACUUUAAACAUCCUCUCCUCAAGCGGCAUGAGUGUCCGAUAUGUCUCUUCGCGAUGCGUCACCCUGUACAAACUGAGUGCGGUCAUCUGUUCUGUCGUGAUUGUUUGGAACCUGUUUUAAAACGAUGCCAUCCAGUUUGCCCCCUCGAUAAAGAAGAAAUCACUCAGGAGGGGACAUUCCCUGAUAAUGCUUGCAGGAGGGAGAUUCUGAAACUGCAGGUGUUUUGCAACUUUCAAAACUGCCCUUGGAUUGGAGCUCUCAAAGAUCUGGAGGGCCACUUGUGCAACUGUGACUACAGAGAUGUACAAUGCACCCAGUGUGGACAGUACAUCCAGCAGCUGGACAUGGAGGCCCACCAGAAGGAGCUCUGUGCAAUGAGACCCACCACUUGCCCUCACUGCAGCAAAGAUGUACCAACACAGCAACUACAAACCCACUUCGACAAGCUCUGCACUAAGAUAACGCGAGGCUGUCCCAACGAGUGUGACCCAUCCCUCAAGAUGAACCUUCAGGAGCUUGAGGAGCACACUGACCUAAAGAAGGGAACCUGCCCACUCUCUGAGGUGGCCUGUCCUUAUGGACAAUAUGGAUGCUCAUUCAUUUCCCUUCGGCAAAACAUCAGCACCCACUUGGACCAGUAUCGUGUUUAUCAUGCUCAAGUCCAAGCCGAGAGUUUUGAUGAGGUUCGACAAUUAAUGACCAAGAUCAAUCUGUUGUUCGAUCAUCUUCGAGAGAGACAAUCCAGGGAACGAGUUCAAGAAACACGAUCAAAUGCUUUGGAACGUCUUCAAGACACUCUGGAACAAAUCGAAUUCCUGGACGAUCGUAGAGACAGACAUGCAGGUGUUGGUAUUGAAGAACAAGCUACAUACAAUACAAGCAUACUGACUGUGUUUGGUGAUACUGUGACUGAGAUCGAUCGAAGUGGGGCUGGUGCACGCCUAACCUCUGGAUACAAUACCGGUAGUACUGCUUUGGAACGACUUCAAGACGCUCUAGAACAAAGGAUCGAAUUUCUGGAUGAUCGUAGAGAUAGGCAUGCUGUUCAAAAUGACGUUAAGAUUGAGCGUCUCGAAGAUCAGGCUACACAAAACACUAGUUUGCUCACCAUGAUCGAUAAGAGAAUUACUGAUAUGGAAGUCAAGGGUGGUAUAGGCCUAACCUCUGGGUACAAUAUCGGCAGUACUGCAUUCGGCCACUCAGAAGUCCCUAGUACUCCUAAUUUUCAGGGAUUUGGUGAAGCAAAUGUUCCACCCCAGCGUGUAGAGGCCCUACACACAAGAGUGGUUGAGCUGGAGCAUAGUGUCGACAGGGCUCUUAGUAGCUGUCUUGAUCAAGAGCUUCGGAUACAAUUGCUGGAACGUGCCACUUACAACGGCGUGCUGCUUUGGAAAAUCGAUGAAUUUGAUCGUCGAAGACGUGAGGCUGUAGAUGGAGUUACUUUGUCUCUUUAUUCUACCCCCUUUUAUACGAGUCGCCAUGGCUACAAGAUGUGUGCUCGAGUCUACCUAAACGGCGAUGGAAUGGGUAAAGGCUCUCAUCUGAGCUUCUUCUUUGUCAUAAUGAGGGGACCUUUUGACGCUUCGUUUCAGUGGCCCUUCAAACAGAAAGUCACGCUUUCUCUGAUCAAUCAAAACGGGAAGAAGCACAUCAGUGACAGUUUCAGGCCUGACCCUUAUUCAAGCAGUUUCCAAAAGCCUGGCCGGAGGGAAAUGAACAUUGCCUCAGGGUGUCCGAGGUUUAUCAGGAUUGAUCAUCUCCUCAAUGGUGGAUUUGUCAAGGACGAUGCUAUCUACGUGAGGGUGGUGGUUGAAACCAUGGACUUGCCCAAAAUCAUACCUUGAAACAUGGAUACAAAGCAUUCGAUAACAGAUUAGCAUGCUGCGUACACAAGUUUGAAUAAAUUACUUUUAUGUAAAGCAAGAACAUUAUGAAUAUAUCCACAUAUCUCUAAACUUCAACAUAAUCAUUAAAUUGAUCCAUUUUUUUCUUUUUUGAAUUGAUCACAAUUCUCGAACUUAUCUUGUUUAUAUUAGACAGUAUCCAUGUGCUGAUUGUGCCAAUAAUUAUAAAGUGCUGUGAAUGACAUAA